AUGGCUAAAAAAGGUAUAGUAAAUGAUUCUAUAGAUCAAAAGAUAUAUCAUUUAAUUCAUCAAUUAUUAGAACUAAAAUCUGAGGAAAAUAAAAAGAAUUUAACAAAUGAUGAUGAUCAUCAAGAUCCAUUCAAUUAUAUUGAAUCUGCAAAUAAUUUAACAAUAUCUCAAUGUAUUACUUUUAUUCAACAAAAAGACUUUCAAUUAAAAAGAUUAAAAAGAAAUAAUCUUGAAAAAUCAGUUGGUAUAGUGUUAAAAUUAAUUAGAGAUGAUGAAUUAUUGGAAAUGGGUAAAUUAAAUAAUGAAAAUUCAGUAAAUGAAGAAGAGUUUGACAAUGAUAAUGAUCAUGAUGAAAAUACAGAUAACACUUAUAUGGAAGUAAAAGAUUCAAAUGAGUUAAAUAAAUCUGUUGUUUCUUUAUGGAAACAAGAAGAAAAUGAUGAAACUAUACAAGAUGAUAACCUUGUUAAAGGUAGUAAAAGAAAAUCUAAAGAUUCUUCAAAAUCAAUACUGAAAAAGCAAAAACGAAGAUUAGAUUGUGCUCCACCAAAUACUAAUUUAUCAUCAUUAGGUGGAUUAGAAAAUAUUACUACUCAAUUACUUGAAACUAUUGGUUUACCAAUAUUACAUCCUGAAAUUUAUAUAAAUACUGGUGUGGAACCUCCUCGCGGUGUUUUAUUAUAUGGUCCACCAGGUUGUGGUAAAACUACAAUUGCUAAUGCUUUAGCUGGUGAAUUACAAGUUCCAUUUAUUAAUAUAUCAGCACCUUCAGUUGUAUCUGGUAUGUCUGGUGAAUCUGAAAAAAAAUUACGUGAAUUAUUUGAAGAAGCAAAAAAUAUGGCUCCAUGUUUAAUAUUUAUGGACGAAAUUGAUGCAAUUACACCAAAAAGAGAUGGUGGUGCUCAAAGAGAAAUGGAAAGAAGAAUAGUUGCUCAAUUAUUAACUUUAAUGGAUGAUUUAACUUUAGAUAAAACUAAUGGAAAACCAGUUAUAGUAAUAGGUGCAACAAAUAGACCUGAUUCUUUAGAUUCUGCACUUCGUCGUGCUGGAAGAUUUGAUAGAGAAAUAUGUCUAAAUGUUCCAAAUGAAGAACAAAGAAUAUCAAUUUUAAAAACAAUGACUGCAAAUAUUAAACUAGAAAAUGGUGAUAAUUUUAAUUAUAAAGAAUUAUCAAAAUUGACUCCUGGCUAUGUUGGUGCUGAUUUAAAAAGUUUAGUUACCGCCGCUGGAAUAGCUGCAAUUAAAAGAAUAUUUGAAACCUUGAGUGAAUUUGAAGAAGAGACGAAAAAUUCAAUUGGAACUGAUUCUAUGGAUGUGGAUUUAGGUGUCGUGAACGAAGAGAAAUUAAUAAAAAGUUUCAAGAAUAAGAAUGAAGUUGAAAAAUUGUCAACCAUUAAAAGAUUUUUAUUAAAACAUCCAAAUCCUUUAAAUAAUGAGCAAUUGGAUUCAUUGUCAAUUACUUAUCAAGAUUUUCUAGAUGCUUUACCUACUAUACAACCUUCAUCCAAACGUGAAGGAUUUGCAACAGUACCAGAUGUUACUUGGAAAAAUGUGGGUGCUUUAAAAAAUACGAGAAUGGAAUUACAUAUGUGUAUAGUACAACCAAUUAAAAAACCAGAAUUAUAUUUAAAAGUGGGUAUUGCUGCUCCAGCUGGUGUAUUAUUGUGGGGCCCACCAGGUUGUGGGAAAACAUUAUUAGCUAAAGCAGUGGCAAAUGAAUCUAAAGCUAAUUUUAUAUCGAUAAAGGGUCCCGAACUUUUAAACAAAUAUGUAGGUGAAUCUGAAAAAGCUGUUAGACAAGUUUUUCAACGUGCAAGAGCAUCAGUUCCAUGUAUUAUAUUUUUUGAUGAAUUAGAUGCUUUAGUACCAAGACGUGAUACUACUUUAUCAGAAUCUAGCUCAAGAGUAGUUAAUACUUUAUUAACAGAAUUAGAUGGAUUAAAUAAUAGAAAAGGUGUUUUUGUUAUUGCUGCAACAAAUAGACCAGAUAUGAUAGAUUCAGCAAUGUUAAGACCAGGUAGAUUGGAUAAAACUUUGUAUAUACAAUUACCAUCAUGUGAAGAAAGACAAGAAAUUUUAAAAACAAUCAUUGGAGCAAAUAAUAGUCCAAUUGCCAAUGACGUAGAUAUUGAAAGUAUUGCUAAGGAUAUAAGAUGCAGAAAUUAUUCUGGAGCUGAUUUAGCAUCAUUGGUUAAAGAAGCUGGAAUUAUGGCUUUAAGGCGAAAAGUAUUUCAAGACACUCAAAUAGAACAACUAGAUCGAUCUGGGUUUUAUCAAGAACAAAAUGACCCUUACGAUAUUCAAAUUUAUAUGAAUGACUUUGAAACAGCUUUAUCAAAAAUACGACCAAGUGUCUCCGAUAAAGAUAGAUUAAAAUAUGAAAGACUAAGUAAAAAGCUAGGGUGGAGUAUUACUGAUGAUGAUCCAAAAUCUGUGUCCAGUAACGUAGAAGACAACAUGUGA